AUUUCCUUUCUUCUUCGCAGAUUUUUAUUUCAUAUUUUUUAUACCGCGAAAGAUGAAAAUGUUGCAGCGAGGGAAGUUGUUGUGCCUCGCGUUCCGCCGAAGCGUGAAUAAUUUUCAAACGACGAAGAUGUGUGGAGUGAUGAUGAGAGACAAGCACAGGACUUAUUACACGCAGACGAUGGAACCAUUCCAUCCUUUGAACAGAGAGCCUGUUUGGAUGACAGCAGAAGACGCCGUGAAGCCAUUGAAAAGCGGGGACUUGGUUUUCGUCCAAUCUGCCGCCAUGUGUCCGAAUGUUCUCGUGAAUGCGAUGUGCAUUCACGGCAAGGCGGCAGGAUUGAGCAACAUCACGGUGACACACAUGCACACCGAAGGCCCUGCCCUGUACAACAACCCGGAAUACGAAGGGAUUUUCCGCUCGAAUUCGCUGUUUGUUGGGUCGAACAGCAGAAAGGCAGUGGGUGAAGGUCGAGCGGAUUACAUGCCGAUCUUUCUGAGUGAAAUUCCGCUCUUGUUUCACACGGGUCGGAUGAAACCGAGCAUAGCGCUGAUUUCUAUCACGCCUCCGGAUGCACAUGGGUUCUGCAGCCUCGGAGCCAGUGUGGAUUGCACAAGAGCUGCCCUUCAACACAGUUCCUUCAUUAUUGACGAUUCAUUGCGUGUCUAUUCCCACUCACGUAUCCCGAUCUCAGGUCAAGUGAAUCCCCGCGUGCCUCGGACAUUCGGUGACGGAAUCAUUCACAAGAGCCACGUGGACGUGAUGGUAGAAGUGGACGAACCCUUGCCCGAACUCGUCUUCAAGCACACUUCGAAAAUAGAAACGCAGAUUGGAGAGAUCAUUGCUCAGAACCUCGUAGAAGACGGCGCCACUUUGCAAAUGGGCAUCGGCAACAUCCCGAACGCCGUUUUGCGGUCUUUGAAGGGUCACCGGAACCUGGGGAUUCACACGGAGAUGUUUAGUGACGGGAUCGUGCCGCUAGUCGACUGUGGCGCCAUCACGAAUCACGAGAAGAAGACGCAACAGGGAAAGAUCGUGUCUGCGUUCGCGAAUGGGACCCAGAAGUUGUGGGACUUUAUGCACGACAACCCUCUCAUUGCAAUGAAAGACGUGGCGUUUACAAACAACCCGUGGAUCAUUUGCCAGAACCCGAAAGUGACGGCCAUCAAUUCCUGCAUCGAGGUCGACUUGACGGGUCAAGUUGUGUCGGAUUCCAUCGGACCUAGGAUUUAUUCAGGAGUCGGAGGUCAAGUGGAUUUCCUCAGGGGGGCUAAGUUGAGCUCGGAUGGACGUGGCAAACCGAUUCUCGCGUUUCCGUCUACGACGAAAGACGGCAAGUCCAAGGUUGUCCCUGUGCUUCACGAAGGUGCUGGAAUCGUGACGACGCGGGCCCACGUGCAAUACGUGGUGACGGAGUACGGAAUUGCGGAUUUAUUUGGCAAGAACCUGCGUCAAAGGGCCUAUGCGCUCAUCAACAUUGCUCAUCCCGACCAUCGCGAGGCUCUGGAACAAGCUGCAUUCGAAAGACUAAAGUGCCUGCCAUCUGCUGACUGAUGAUUAUAUGCAGUAAAAAUCUCGUUACAACGAACUCCAAACUGCAAACGUGACCUGAGAAAAAAAAUAUUUAUAAAGAAAAAUUAAAGGACUGAAAAUUUGUGGUGAACUGGUCAUAAUUAGUUAAAAGUUAUUUCCACGACAGAUUUGUGAAGAAUAACCCAAAUUUCCAACUUCAUAUUUCCUGCAGUACUUGGUUUUCUUCGCAAAAAAAUAAUCAUCAUUUAUAAUUUUUCAAGGUUUUUUUCAAUUAUGCACAAGUUGGGUUCUCCUAUAUUGGCCAAUUCGUAAAAAAAAAAUCUAUGGCGCAAAGGCGAAAAUUCGCUAUAUUGAUGAGAUUAUAGAGUAAAAUAAUGUCUUUGUGACGAUAUUUUUGUAACAGUGGCCCUAAGUGAAAAAAGUGACAAGACCGAGAAAAAAAAAUUCGUUGUAAAGGAAUUUUGCUGUGUAUGAUUCGUGAGUGAGCGAUUCCGAAAAAUCGUUCGAGAGUUGAUGUGUGUGAAACUCCGGUGUCUUUUUUUUUUUUAAAAUUGUUAUUUCAUUUCAAAAUUUGGAUAAGGUCGGCCGUUUGCUUGUUCCAUGGAAUAAGUUUCCUCAUCAGUGACUGAUCUUUGCUGAUUUUUUAUUUUUUGCGAGGGAGAGGCAUUGCGAAGAGUAUUUAUAUAUGCAGAUUGUAUACAUAUGUAUUUUUUUUUCGUGACACGGACGGGGUGAUCUGGUUUUGAUGCUGAGACUGUGAAACACAGGAAUGUCUUGAGGCAAGUUUUCCAAUUUUUGAAAUCUCAUUAAUUCGAAUGCAAUGUAACCUUUAUUAUCUGCGCAUCUAUAGUCCCUCAAAUUCUAUUUGUUCCAGUGCUGAAGCCACUCACAGAGUGCAAUUGUCCAAGAAAAUUUACUGCUGAGAAUUGAACUUUUGACUAUGAAGAACUUUUCUGAAAAAUAUUAUUAUACUGUAUUUGCAUAGGCAUUGUAUUGUUUGCAUGCACUUCUGCAUUCAUUCAAGCAGAAGUGUAGGGUCUGAUUUUGUUGAAAACCAGUGAAAUCUUUUCUUUUUAAUACAAAAAAUGAAGUCUUGGGGAGCAAGAAAAUUACCUUUGCUACAACAGAAAACAUGUUGAAUUAAAAUGAGUGUGUCUUGUGGGCAGGGGCUUGAAUUUGUUUCAAGCAAGAAUUUGCUAUGAUUAGAUGUUUUGUAAUUAAUACAGCUGAACCUCAAUAGACAAACAAAAAUUCAAGUUUAGGAAAGAAGUACUCUUUUUCUGUGUGAUGUGGUUGCAGGAAAAUUUUAGUUGGUGAUAUUCUGGGCCUUACAGUGCUUCUUAAAUGAGUUGACAGGAAAUUUCACUUGAAGGCAAAGCAUUUGCCCAAUGAGUCUUUUAUUUCCUUUUGAAGCACAUGAAAUCACAUUUUUUGCCUUCUCUUUUUUCUGUGCAAAUAUAAUACAGUAAUAGCCAAAAAGCCCUCUACAAAUGAGUUCAUUACUGUUUCCGAGAAAAUUCAGACAGGGACUUGAAAAAAUUCAAGGUAUGGAUUAUUUGACUUGAAAAGGUUUGAGCUAUCAAAAUCAACUUCAUGUUAAUGCUUGGAAAGUCUGCUCAUGUAUGAUGCCAAGUGGAUGCCAGAGAAGCAGGCAGUAUUACAUAACCUACUUCCUGCAAGAAAGUGAAUUUUUUUACCUUUCUUGAAAUUAAUCUUGGCUGUGCUCCAAAUGCGUCAGUAGUAUGUUUGGCAUGACCAGGGAAAGAUGAUUUUGGAUUGAAAAUGUUCAUCAGCUGUUUGAAGAAGAGUGUCUCCCUUUUGUUGAGUUGCCUAGAUCAUAAAAAAUAUGCUUGAACAAAUUUAUGUGAUGAAAAUACUUUUCUGAAAUCAUACCUUUGAAUUUUGGCUUUUAAGAAGAAAAGGCUCAUUUUCUCCGCGUAUUCAGCCACUUUUUUUCAAUUUUUGCGUUGUACUUCUACCAACAAUUAUAAUUAAAGUAUUCGUCUCUCAAUUGACCUUACAUUCCUGUGAUGUUUUGAGAAUCAAAAGUCGCGCAGUUGGGCAAACUCAAGAUGCCUGAAGAAAUUUGUGUAACAUGCUUCCAUUAUUGUGCGAUUUGUCCUUACGGGUGUCAGUGGAAAAACGUGCAAUUUUGCGUCAGAUCUAAUCUCACAAAUGUGGUGGAAGAAUGAAAUAACAUUGUCAUUUUGUCAAUCA